GACAGGUUGGGAGGGGUGGGGCAGGCGCCGGAUUUCCCGCGUCGGAGGAGACUCGGUCUUAAAGCGCCAGCCUUACAGGCGUCCCUUUGUUUCGGGGCUGCUGUCUCUUUUCUCUCCUAGUCCAAUCUGCAGAACGGCCAUGAUUUCCCAGUUCUUCAUUCUGUCCUCCAAGGGGGACCCACUCAUCUACAAAGACUUCCGUGGGGACAGUGGCGGCCGGGAUGUGGCCGAGCUCUUCUACCGGAAGCUGAUGGGACUGCCUGGAGAAGAGUCCCCGGUUGUCAUGCACCACGAUGACCGUCAUUUUAUUCACAUCAGACACAGUGGUCUCUAUUUGGUGGCCACGACUUCAGAAAACAUUUCUCCCUUCAGCCUCCUAGAGCUGCUCUCUCGGUUAGCCACCCUCCUGGGUGAUUACUGUGGCUCCCUGGGAGAGGGGACCAUCUCCCGCAACGUGGCUCUUGUCUAUGAACUCCUGGAUGAAGUGUUGGAUUAUGGCUAUGUGCAGACCACAUCCACAGAGAUGCUGAGGAACUUCAUCCAGACUGAGGCUGUGGUCAGCAAGCCCUUCAGCCUCUUUGAUCUCAGCAGCGUUGGCUUGUUUGGGGCUGAGACACAACAGAGUAAAGUGGCGCCCAGCAGUGCAGCCAGCCGCCCAGUCCUGUCCAGCCGUUCUGACCCGAGCCAAAAGAAUGAGGUGUUUUUGGAUGUGGUUGAGAGACUGUCCGUACUGAUAGCAUCCAAUGGCUCACUGCUGAAGGUGGAUGUGCAGGGAGAGAUCCGACUCAAGAGCUUUCUUCCCAGUGGCUCUGAGAUGCGCAUUGGUUUGACAGAAGAAUUUUGUGUGGGGAAGUCAGAACUGAGAGGUUAUGGGCCAGGAAUUCGGGUGGAUGAAGUCUCAUUUCACAGCUCGGUGCAACUGGAUGAAUUUGAGUCUCAUCGAAUACUCCGCUUACAGCCACCUCAGGGCGAGCUGACUGUGAUGCGGUACCAACUCUCAGAUGACCUCCCCUCCCCACUUCCCUUCCGGCUCUUUCCAUCUGUGCAGUGGGACCGAGGCUCAGGCAGGCUCCAGGUUUAUCUGAAGUUACGAUGUGACUUGCCCCCAAAGAGCCAGGCUCUCAAUAUCAGGCUUCACCUUCCCCUGCCUCGAGGGGUGGUCAGCCUGUCUCAGGAGCUGAGUAGCCCAGAGCAGAAGGCAGAGCUGUGUGACGGAGCCCUUCGCUGGGACCUGCCUCGUGUGCAAGGUGGCUCUCAGCUCUCAGGCCUUUUCCAGAUGGAAGUCCCGGGUCUGCCUGGGCCUCCUGGGCAAGGACAGUCCACCUCAGCGCCUCCUCUGGGGCUGGGCCCUGCGAGCCUCUCCUUUGAACUUCCCCGGCACACGUGCUCCGGCCUCCAGGUUCGCUUCCUCAGGCUGGCAUUCAGACACUGCAGCAAUGCCAACCCCCACAAGUGGGUGCGACACCUAAGCCACAGCGAUGCUUAUGUCAUUCGGAUCUGAGGCUCCCCAAACAAGGACAUGGGCAGGAAAGAUGGCGGCCUGUGGUUCAGGAGGACGAUACUGUCUUCUCCAUCCUCUGGCCUGUGGUAAUGGAUCUGGCUGGAAGAGACCUGAGUCCUAGAGACCACGAGGGCUCCACAGGUUAGAUCCUUUCAUUGUAUCGGACACAGGAAGGACUGAGGUGAAUCACAGCUUACAAAUCAAACUUUUAUUAUGAG